GCGUCUCGUGAGCGAAGCGCUGCGUGGGGAACUAAUGACCACUGGUCUCGCCCGUGGGCGGCGCUUCUCGCAGCAGGUUUGUGUGUCUCUACAGCAGCAGUGAGACAGAUAGACGGACCGGAGAAGACUGGAGCAGAUGAGCGCGGAGAGACGCUGAAUGCGUGACAGAGAGAGGGAGAGUCUGCUCGGGGAAAUCACAUUCGCGUCUUUGGACAGAGAUUUAGCCACGCCCACAGCUGAAGAUGUCAGACAAUGGGGAAGUAGAAGACAAGCCGCCAGCUCCACCCAUGAGAAACACCAGCACCAUGAUUGGCUCGUCCGGUAAAGACUCAGGCCCACUGAAUCAUGGCUCCAAACCCCUGCCGCCCAACCCAGAGGACAAGAGGAGAAAAGAAGGCUUCAUCCGAUCCAUACUCACCGGAGGAGGAGACAAGACCAGUAAGAAGAAAGAGCGUCCGGAGAUCUCUCUGCCGUCGGACUUUGAGCACACCAUCCAUGUUGGCUUUGACGCCGUCACUGGAGAGUUUACCGGCAUGCCUGAGCAGUGGGCUCGGUUGCUCCAGACGUCCAACAUUACUAAACUUGAGCAGAAGAAGAAUCCUCAAGCCGUUUUGGAUGUGCUUAAAUUCUAUGACUCUAAAGAAACAAACAACAGUCAGAAAUACAUGAGUUUUACAGACAAAGGUGCCGAUAAUUACAGCUCUUCCAAUGCAGUGAACUCCAAGACCGUUUCCGAGACCCCUGCCGUGGCCACGGUCUCCGAGGAUGAUGAUGAGGAUGAAGCCACGCCUCCACCAACCAUCGCACCCCGUCCCGAACAUACAAAAUCUAUCUACACGCGCUCCGUUAUCGACCCCCUCCCUCCUCCACUCUCCACCAAAGACGCAGCUACGUCACCCAUCAGUAAUGUGGUCGCUGAAGGAGGCAGCCCCACCCCGACACCCUCCACCAACACCCCGACACCCUCCACGCCACAAAACAGCGACAAAACACGCAAGAAGAAGAUGACUGACGAGGAGAUACUCGAGAAACUGCGAAGUAUAGUCAGCGUGGGCGACCCGAAGAAGAAGUACACGCGAUUUGAGAAGAUUGGCCAGGGGGCGUCUGGAACGGUCUACACAGCCAUAGACAUCGCCACGGGACAAGAGGUGGCCAUCAAACAGAUGAAUCUGCAGCAGCAGCCCAAGAAAGAGCUGAUCAUCAACGAGAUCUUAGUGAUGAGGGAAAACAAGAACCCCAACAUCGUCAAUUACCUGGACAGUUACCUGGUGGGAGACGAGCUGUGGGUGGUGAUGGAGUAUCUGGCCGGAGGCUCCCUGACAGAUGUGGUGACGGAGACGUGUAUGGAUGAAGCGCAGAUCGCCGCCGUCUGUCGGGAAUGUCUCCAAGCGCUGGAGUUUCUGCACUCGAAUCAGGUCAUUCACAGAGACAUCAAGAGCGACAACAUUCUCCUGGGCAUGGACGGCUCUGUCAAACUCACUGAUUUCGGCUUCUGCGCUCAGAUCACUCCUGAACAGAACAAGCGAAGCACUAUGGUUGGGACGCCCUACUGGAUGGCCCCAGAAGUUGUGACCCGCAAGGCCUACGGCCCCAAAGUGGACAUCUGGUCCCUGGGCAUCAUGGCUAUCGAGAUGAUCGAGGGCGAACCGCCGUACCUCAACGAAAACCCUCUGAGGGCUCUGUAUCUCAUCGCCACUAAUGGAACGCCGGAGCUGCAGAACCCAGAGAAACUCUCCUCCGUGUUUCGGGAUUUCUUAAACCGCUGUCUGGAGAUGGACGUGGAGAAGAGAGGCUCUGCCAAGGAGCUCUUACAGCACCAGUUCCUGAAAGCGGCCAAGCCUCUGUCCAGCCUCACGCCGCUGAUCAUAGCAGCCAAAGAGGCGGCCAAAAACAACCGCUAGCCUCUACAGGACGACUCCCGGCCCCACCUGUCCUCCGCCCCGACCCCCAGAGCUCCCUGUCAGCCGUCUCUCUCUCUCUCUCUCUCUCUAUCUCUCUCUCUCUCUCUGUCUCUCUCACCCUGCUCAGGAGCUCUCGUGCCGAGGGUUCAUCCGCCCCUCGCCCUCUACUGCUGAUGUUUUAGGGUCCGAGGGGCGUCUGCGCUCACUGCUGUGGUCACCGAAAAGGCUCUGAAUGAUGACAUCACUGGAAACAAAGGGCCAUGGCGCGUCAGGCCCAAAGCAUUAUGGGGGAUUUCCCCCUGGCUGACUCUCUCUGGGUCUCACUGUCAGUUUCUCUGUUGCUUUUUUCUGUCAUUUACUUUUAAUGGGAACUUGACUGAUUUUUCAUGUGUGUAUUUGUUGGGGUUUUCAUUUAUUUGAUAAUGUUUUUUACAUUUUCUCUGUGUGUGUGUGUGUGUGUGUGUGUGCGUGCGUGUGUGUGUGUGUGUGUGUGUGUGUGAGUGUGCGUUCACCGGGUCAUAGAUUAGCUGAGAUUGCGACGUGUUGACAUGUUCGUUCUGCGAUCGACAGAAAGAUCUCGUCUGAUGUAUUUUUUUUUAUAUUGAAACAUGAUGAUUUGCAACAAACUAUUGAUUAAGGUACUAUGAAGGAUGCCUGUGCAUGAAGAAACUGCAUUUCAGAUGAUGAAACGACCACCUGAGGUCCAUUCUGUCCCAUAAUUCCUCCACACUUUGGAAUCUCAACCAAACAUCGCUGCAUUACAGUGUUUUGCAUUGCUACGAACAUUAAUGGAAUUGAAAUUUUCUGAUUUUACGUUCACGGACCCUUUGGCCUUAAACUGUGACGUGAACAAUAGGACGAAUGAAGACAGCACAACACACGAAGAUGCAAUCUGUUGCCAUUUUGAUUCUUUCAGUGGCCUGAUGGGGUUUAUUUAGAAGCGAAUCUUUCCUGUAAGCAAUCAGUGUGUUUCUGCGAACCCUAAACUCUUUAUAAGGCCUUUUGAUGAAUUGAAAUUCUUAAUUGAAAUGGGACGAAUAAACUUCAGAAUUAA